AGCCUCCCACCCCGUGACUCUUUCCUUCUCACAGCUGACUCUUCCGUUUCUCUCCUCUCGUAUUCUUCUACACGCCACCGCUGUCCACGGUGGCGGCCGCUCGCCGGAGACCUCCGCCGGACUUAGAUCCGACCACCGGUCCGGCGGUCAGCUGUUCCCGCGGUGGUAGCUUGCGCUAUGAUGAAGCGGCGUUCGGCUGUUCCCUCAGCCUGUCUGGCCCAUCCGCUCUCCCACGGCCAGUCCGGCCGUUCCUUGGCCGGAUCUCAUAUGGUAGCCAUCGCUGUAUCUCCGCCAGCGGUCAGCAGGUACUCCGGCAGUGGCUGGCGCCACCCAGCGGCGGCCAGCCGUUCCUGCCGGAACCUAGCCGAAAACGUGGAUGAAGACCAGAAGGAGCUGUGCGCCGUCCUCCUUCGUGCAGCUCGCGGCGUCGGCGGUGCAGAUCCGCCGUGCCCCUUCCGGCCGGGUCUGUCCGGGUUGGCCGCUCGUCGAUCCGUUUCUCGCGGGUGCGACCCGGCAUCCGUUGGUGAAUCGGGUGCCGUGCCCCUUCCGGCCGGGUCUGUCCGGGUUGGCCGCUCGUCGAUCCGUUUCUCGCGGGUGCGACCCGGCAGCCGCGAGAUCCGUUGGUGACUCGGGUGCGACCCGGUAGCCGCGGGAUCCGUAGGCGACUCAGGUGCGGGCGGCACGCCGGUCCGGUCGCACCGAUCGGAUCCGGUCGAGAUCCUCGGUCUGGUCGCAUGGACCGGUGCGAGAUGCUCGUCUCUCCGGUCGGUCGGACUCGCACCGAGCCGCCGGUCGAGCCAGCUCCGCCACUUGGUGCGACCGACCGAUCGCCCGCCCGGACGGACGGACGCGCACCAGGCUCCAGCCAUCCAGCCCUGCGACGGCACGCAGCAUCCACACCGUCCGUUCCUCGAUCGGACGGCGCACCUCAGUGGCCAGGUAGGGUUUCCGCCCUAUAAAAGCGGACACUCGUCUCCUCCGCUCUCUCCCCCAUUUCCGCCGCCGCCGCGCCUCACCAUUCCCGUCCCCCCCCCUCUCAAGCCGGCCCCCAUGGGGAACCAGAUCGGCACCGGCAAGAUGGAGGCAGAUCUGAUCGGCGCCGGGGUCGGGACCGGGAAGACGGAGGCGGCUCCGGUCAGCGCCGGGGUCAGCACCGGGAAGACGGAGGCGGCUCCGGUCGGCGCCGGGAAGAUGGAGGCAGAUCUGAUCGGCGCCGGGGACAAGCUCGGGAUCCCCGAGGAGAAGGGCCUGGAGAUCACCGCCGACCAGCUCGAGGCCCUGGAGAAGGCGUCUAUCGAUCUUGCCGUCAUCAAGCUUCGAGAGGCAUCUGAUUACUUCAACGCUGCUGGCUGCUUCGCGGCUGCGAGGCAGGUCUCCUAUCUGCCCGAACCAGAGCCCUUAGCCCCCGUGGUCAUACAGAAAGUGAAGGAAGCACCGAUGAUUGUCCAUGAUCUCUUCGAGGAUAUUAUCUUCCACCGCAUGAGCCCUCGCGCGAGAAUCCUUAGCGGUGUCUACAAGGCCACUCCUGCUCAGGUUCGAGCUGUCCAGCAGUUUACAAGGAAGCAACUCAAGUUGGACCCAGUGGUGGUGGAUCCUAUCGCCGCCGAAGUUCACCGGGAGUUCACAAGGACUGCAGGCCUGGGAGAGAACGUGAUGUCCGCCAGUGAUGUGGCCAGGAUCCUCAAGAUCAGGGAGGGUAUGUCAAGCCUCCACCCAGAUGAUCAGAAGAAGCUGGAGAUGAUCAAGAUCUUCGUGGACAACAUAAAUGCUGGCUCAGCUAUCUGCACGGCUGGUGGUUCCGUUUUGGGAGGCAUGUGGACUCUUCGCCAUUGGAAUACAAGUUUCCCCAUGUCCGACCUGCCGGAAGAUUGGGUUUGGUAGGGAGGUGCCUUCUGUUUGAUCUCUUGCGCCACUCACAGUUUUGGAGUCCUUAGUCCUUCCUGCAAUACCUUCAUCCUUGUUUUGCGGUUGCUAGUCUGUUCUGCGGUAUCUUCAGUUCUUAUUUUGCAAGUCCUGAUGCUAGAUUUUGCCAGACUGUGUUUUGCAACGGCUGCAACGAAUUAUGCAAGUCAUUCUGCAAUGAUUGGAAGCUACAGUCAUGUGGUGUUAUUAUGAACAUGGGUUCAUGAAAUGGUUUCCUUGAAUGGAAUUUGGUUCAAAAUCAAA